AUGGGUCACGGGUGCCUGAUCCUGGCGGUGCUCCUGCUGUCCUCUGCCUCGCUCGGUGCAGCUAUCCGAGACACCCCAGCAAGUCGCCUCGCCCUGCCCUCCGGCCCAUACCUCCCCAUCGUUCUAUGGCAUGGCAUGGGCGACUCCUGCUGCAACCCCCAGGGCAUCGGCGCGGUGCAGGACCGCAUCCAGCGUGCCCUGCCCGGCGUGUUCGUGCACAGCGUGGCCACCGGCGCCACUGAGUCGGCCGACGUGCUUUCCACCUACUUCGGCGACGCAAACGCGCAGGUGCGGGCCGCCUGCGAAGCGCUACGCGCGCUGCCCCAGCUGGCGGGCGGCUACGUGGCUGUGGGCUUCAGCCAGGGCGGCCUGCUCCUGCGCGGCCUGCUGGAGCGCUGCACGGGGGAAGGCGCGCCGGCCAUGCACACCCUGAUCACGAUGGGCUCGCCCCACCAGGGUGUCAUGGACGCCAUGCAAGCGCUGCUGGGGCAUGGGGUGUACUACUCCUGGCUGCAGCACAACCUCCUCCAGGCCCAGUACUUCAAGGACCCAUACCACCUGGACUGGUACAGGGAGACCUCCGGCUUUCUGGCUGACAUCAACAACGAUCGGGAUGCGAGGAACAGCAGCUACGUGGCCGCCCUCACAUCGCUCCGCAGCCUGGUCCUGUACCAGUUUGACAACGACCUCACCGUGGUCCCGCGCGAGAGCUCCCAGUUUGGGUUUUACAACGGAACGCACACGGAAUCGAUGGAGGAAAGCGCAGCGUAUCGCGACGACCGCCUGGGGCUGCGGACCCUGAACGAGUCUGGGCGCCUGACGCUCGCCAACUGCCCCGGUUUCCACAUGCAGUUCACUCUGGACUGGUUUGAGCAGCACGUCCUGCCACACGUGGCGGUGCCCGUGGCCGACGCCCGGGUUGCCGCCACGCAUCCCAGCCGCACUGCGUGA